AUGUUACUGCACGAGGAUUCCUCCACACUGGCUUUUAGCGGAACAGAGGUGGUAUUCAGCCCUGGUAAUCACAGUGUGCAACUGGAUGGAGGUGAAAAGUUACCUGAAAAAGUUAGAAUGCACAACGCCAGAAAAGCAAGCGUGACUGGUCGCAUUCCACGAGAAACGACUAGCUUUGUAAUGGAGGCAAGCGGACGCCGGAUCCCAUUUCGAAUAGCAAAUAUCAAAGAGAGUCCUCCAGUGAAGGCUGGCGCCACAGUUACUAUGGUAACGACUGACCUGCGAUAUAAUUCAGUCACAGUGACAGAUCGAAACUUGUAA